GAACACUUUAAAUCCAUGUUAAUAGACCCAGUGGUGUGGGAGCAGUGUGCCAAACAUCAGCAUGUACACUCUUCUGUGUUCUCUGACAUCUGUGAUGGCUCUGUAUUCAAAUCCAAUGACUUGUUUAAGCAGCCUGAGAUUACAAUCCAACUUAUCUUGUACCAGGAUGCCUUUGAGAUUGUGAAUCCCCUUGGGUCAGCUAAAAAAAAACACAAAAUGAUUGGAGUGUAUUUUACACUUGGCAACUUUGAGCCAUUUUACAGAUCAUGCAUUGAUAACAUUCAGUUAUCACUUUUGUGUUAUGAGAGAGACUUUAACUAUUUUGGUCAAACCAAGAUUUUUGCUAAGUUGUUGGCAGAUGUCAAAGAACUUGAAGAGCAUGGAUUUGUGACAUCUUCAGGUGACAUAGUACGUGCAACAAUAGUGGCUAUUAUUGGUGAUAAUUUGGGGUCCCACUGCAUCGGUGGUUACUCACAGAACUUCAGUACUGCCAAGCAUUGCUGUAGGUAUUGCUUGGUAUCUCGCAGUGAACUUCAGAAUGUGUGUGUAGACUUUCCCAAUCGCACAGUUGAGUCCUAUAAGGCGGCAGUGGAAACUCUAAGGACGACCGAAGAAAAUGUUGUAAAUGGGUUGAAGUUUGACUCCAUUUUCAACUCUCUCAAAAAUUUUCAUGUUGCUCAGCCUGGCCUUCCCCCAUGCCUUGGCCACGACUUGUUUGAAGGUGUUGUAGCUAUUGAUCUUGCCAUUUUCUUGGAAUACUUUGUAAAAAGGAAGUGGUUUUCAUAUACACAGCUGAACAGGAGACUUGCACAAUUCAAAUAUCUGGAUUCUGAUGCUGGUUCUGCCCCCUCCCAGAUAUGUGAAAAAGGCAGAAAGUUAGGUGGUCAAGCAGCUGAGAACUGGUGUCUCCUCAGAUUUCUUCCUGUCAUAAUUGGAGACAGAGUAGAGUCACAAGACCCUGUAUGGCAACUGACUGUUAAGUUGAAAGAACUGGUUGAGCUAGUGUGUGCUCCCAAGAUUACCACUGCACAGAUUGCAUAUCUCAAUGUCUUAAUACCAGAAUAUCUGGAAACAAGAAAGGAGCUGUUUCCUGGUGAAAAUUUGAAACCAAAACAUCAUUACAUGCUUCACUAUACGUCACUCAUUUUAAGUCUUGGACCUUUAAUUCGUUUAUGGUCAUUGAGAUUUGAAAGCAAACAUUCAUACUUCAAAAGAAGUGUGAGAAGAACACAGAACUUCAAAAAUGUAUGCAAGACAUUGUCACACAACCAUCAACUUCUUCAAGCAUAUCUUCACUCACGGUCAUUUUUUUCACCAAAGCUUAAAAGUGUUGACUUGGCCACAUACUCUCCUCAUUUGUACAGUGAUGCUGUGUGCAAAGCUGUUGAGACAAGCUUGCUUAACGAACCAGACUUUGUUUCAACACGGGUAGAAUACAAGGGUACCCUGUACAGGAAAGGAAACUUAAUUUGCCUUAAAUGUGAAGAGGAGAAUUCUAUUUUACAGUUUGGACAGAUUGAGCUGAUUUUCGUGAAAGACGAUGAGGUGACUUUCCUUGUGACUCCCCGCCCCUCAGUGUAUUUGCAUGAUUAUGGACUUUAUGAGAUUUUGGCGGCGACAAAGGAAUUAAUUUGUGUAAAUGCUGAGGAAUGUCUAGAUUAUUAUCCCUUAAAUGAGUACAGUUUUAUGGGACUGAAGGUCAUUACUCUGAAGCACAGCGUUGUUCAUCUGUAAAAGGAUAAACUGUCCUCUCCCAACAGAAAUGGAUGCAUUGUUGACUUUUAUUGAGAAUGUGUUCCCAAACCCUAUAACUUCAAAGCUAGCCAUAGAGGGUUUGAACAGCCUAGGUGUGGAGACCAUAGAUGACCUACAGUUUUUGAAAGAGGAUGAUCUAGGUGGCUUUCUGAGACCGAUUGAAGCAAGAAAACUAAUAGCCCAAAUCCCAAAUAUUGCUUCCACUCUGCAAAACACUGCCAAUGAUUUGUCUGCUGAAUACACUUCUGAUGCAUCAGGUUCACCUGCUCCUGGAUGCUCAAUUUCACCAUCCAGCUCUUCAAGUGGAAGAC